UCCAUUUUUUGUGUGUGUGAAUACUGGGAGGGCUGCAUAGCGCUUUAGGACAUUGUUGGGUGAUGGUGGAGCAGUUGUCCAACAUAGUGGAAGCAAAAGGCCUAGAAAAGCCUUUUUUUCGGGAGUUGUUAGCAAAGGGGCCCCACUCUAAGCUCCACACGUGUGUAAAUCCAGAUUUGCACACAGUUUCUUGGAAUUGGCAUCUUGGGAAAACUACCAAGUAACAGGGGGAUAGAGAGCACUUUCUUGGAUAUAAAAAUGUAUUCCAGUUUGAGGAACUAAUAAAACCCUGUUCCCCCAUUUUAACUUUUUUUGAUAAUUGAAGAAGAGUUUGUAAGCCUUGAGAAAAGCUUGAAUUAUGUGACUGUCAAACAGGCUAGAAAGACUCCAAGACCAGCUGGCAAAGUGAUGAAAACAAGAAGCUCUUUUAUUUAAAAAGAUAAUUGCACAGGGAACGAUCAUGCUGGGAACUUCUUCUGUGCAAGCCCCAUUGAUAUGAAUAAGAGCUGGAUGAUAAUGUGCGAGUGCCCUUGUGCAACUCCAUUCAAGCUGACGGGGCUUCUCCCAGAAAUGUUUUCAGUGGGUUGUGCCAGUGGUUUUUAAGCCAGUUCUCUGAUUUUUAGAGCCCAAAUCAGAAUUCUUUUGAAUGUUUGUUAAAUACUAUUUUCCAUGGUGGUAAUGAGCACUGUUUGUGAAUACUGAAUGAUGGGACAGGCACUUUCUAUGCUCUAAAUUUACAUGUAGACUUGUGGGGUGACCUGGUAUAAAACUGGAGAAUGUGGGGCUGCCUUAAGUGCUUUUGAAUAAUUGAAGAUUGUGCCAACAAUUAUGGUUUGGAUUUAGAGGCACCUGGCAGUUCUGUUCUUGGAGGUCUCAGUAAUGAGAUGUAUCACAUUCAUGACACCCUGCCUUGCAGCCCAUUCUUCCUCUGACUUGCUCAUAGUGGUUUCCUUACAUGUGGUUUCCAGGCAGUCUGCCAUCCAAGCACUAUACAGUGCUUGACUCAUCCUAUACCUUCAGACCACCUUCCAGAAAGAAAGGUGUUGUGGUGAUCCCCACUGACUUCCUGUCCAGGCAUGGACUUUUCUUCCCUUUUUUUGGAUUCAUUCUUGUUUGGAUAUAUUGGUCUCAAUCUAUGAGAAACAAUGAUUUAUACACCAGAAAUAUUGGGAGACAGACCUCUCCCGUAACCCAAAGGGUUUGGCGCUGUUGUGGUGUUAUAGAGAGAGAUUUCUACCUUGAACUUGUUCCGCAAGAGUGUGUGCGAGUGUGCAUAAACCUUCCUAUGCUGCUCUGCAUGUGUGUGCCUGUGUUCGCCAUGCUGUGUAUGCAGUCCAGAUCCCUAUCGGUGCAAAUACAUGCCCCCACACAGACAAGUGCAAUUAAAUUAUUUUCCCCAUCUCAGAUAAUAUGGUUUUUUCUUGCCACCGGGCCCUGCUUGCUGCAUUGCAUUAUUGACAUUAAAAUCCUAAAUUACCUUUCUGAGGGUGGUGCUGAAGGAGAGGAUAAUUACUGUCUACAGCAGAGCUGUCAGUUGAAGUUUAACUUGGGUUACACUUGCCUGCCAGCUGAGAAUGGAAUCGGGUUGAAUGCAAAUAGCCGAAAGCAAAAGGGGUCACCCAGGAGCAAAUCCUAAUUUCCUACUGGAAACAUUUGAUAAAAAUGAUGCCUUUGUUAUUAAUAAGUUCAGCAUGCUAUGUUGCCCCCUCCAUUCUCGGCACUGCUGUCAAUCCAUGUGGCAGUGCCUGGGGUUUGCUCCUUGCUUUCCAUCCCCUGCUUAUUGCAGUCUCCUCUCUUUUCCAACACCAGGUUGUGCUGAGUUUUCACACCCUAGGAUUUUUAUUUUAUUUUUAUUCUUUUUUUAAACAAAAAAAAUUGCAAGCAGCCUGGGAGCUUUCCAAGAGCAGAUGUUUCUCUGUGAUGACUGUCAGCGAUCUUUGGCGUUCCACACCUCCUCCCCCUGCACAACCCCAGCUCCAUGUGUGGUCCUAAACUACUCUUGGAUUUUGUUCAACAAUAGAAGCAACUUCACUCUUCCACCCUCCCACUCCCUUUUAAAUAAAACCCACACUCACAUGAAUGCCAGUAAAGUUUACCCACCUGUUUCACACACUGAAGGGGGACUGGAAAGGGGAAAAUGCCUCAGCCUUAGCCUUCUGCCCCCUCCCCUUCUCUCCUUGCUUCUGCCUUCCAGAGGCUUGUAGCAAAAAGGAGAUCCAUCAAGACCUGCAGCUGUUAAACAUUUAGAGAAGGGAAAUCCCCUUUUUGUAACCAGCCCAUCUCAGCCCAAAUCAAGAACAUCCCCAGAGAACCUGCACGGUUGGGCUUGUACUUAUUUAUUGCUUUUGAUGCUGACAUUUGCUCAGCUUUAAAAGAAGAAAAAAUCUGUUGGCUGUCCCAUAGUUGGAGUGAUGGCCUGUAAGCUACAUAAAGCAGACGGCACACAGGAUCUAGGUCUUGGGGAUGUUGCACUGAAAAGAGCACUAAACUCUGUGGAUCUCUUUGGUUGGACGUUUUGUUUUGCUACAAAUUUAUAUUUGGAUAUAUGUUCAUUUUGAGAUUAAAAAGUGCUCAGUGAUACUAUUUUACUUUAAAUUAUGCAUGUUAGAACUAAGUACUGCAACAAACAGUGUAAAAAAGGCAAUAUUCUGAUUUAUCACUUGCAUUUCCUUGAAUCACAGUUUAUCCUCUCAGCUGGCUGGCAUUUGCCAAGCGGGGCUUUGCAAUAUUGUCUUUUGGUUGGCUGCUUGGUGUGUGGCAAAAAAGCUGGCUGGGAAGAGUUGGCAUACAAAUAGAAGUGGAAAAUGUUCACAGCUGUAGAUCUCCUGUUGUGGAUAGUUCUAGUGUGUAAAAUGUUGCUGUGAUUACUUGUUUGCUGUGAUACAGGCUCCUUUCAUUGGAACCCCAUGACACUCUGAGGAUACUUCUGUGAAGCUGUGCUUUGAACUGUACUGCAUCCCCCUUAUCUUCUGUUGUGGGCCAUUUGGAUCAGAAAUGGUUUGCUGUCAAGAUUUGGAUUCCUAGACCAGAAAUUCCUUAGCUUCCCUUGCAUCCAUGAAGAGCAACAUGCAGCAUUGAUAGUGAAAAACCAGCUGAAUCUAACUGUGAAUUAUUCAUUCUGCGAUAUGGCAGUUGCUCCAUGACUGAGUUUUGUUCAUGCCAUGCCCUUUGCCACAUUUGUUUGAUCUGAUUUGUGCAUAGCACUGUACAAAUGCCUCUGGAGAAAGCUUCUUUUCAUAAUGAUAGUAUAGAUGCUCUUUCUACCAGUGGUGCUUUUCACUAACUUAAAUUAGACAAAUCCAGGAACACAUAAUUUGAAGGAAGUGACCAUUGACUCUUGUUUGAAGGUCCCAGUCUCUAUACUCACAACUGUUCUUUGAACAAAUAUCUGUGGUAGCUUCUCACACUUUUUGCACUGUGGUACACUUCAAUCACGCUGGAAAAGGUGGUUGAGUGUAUUUGUGCUCAAAACAUGAAGCUGUCAUGCAGUGUGUGGACCAGAGUGUGUAUGCGCAGGGUGAAGCACCCUGACCUUGUGUAUAGUGGAAAACAACAGAACAUCUGAUUGCUUAAAACAGAUUGGUGUAUCGUUCUAGGCAUUAGUGUAACCAUGGGUGUCUCUCCUUCCAGCCCAAUGGUCUUCCCUAAACUACUCCUUCUACCAACCUCUUCCAUUUGUAAUGCUGUUGUGGAUCAGCCUUUGCCAACAUGGUCACCUCCAGAUAUUUUGGAAUAUAACUCUCAUCACCAAACAACAUGAGAGAUAGCAGGAGAAAACAUGUUUAAAAGAAGGAACAUGCUUCUGUGACCAGUAUGUUUGGCCCUUAGAAUGUUCUCUCUCGGUGUGUGUGCACAUGUUUGUUGUCCACAAGAGAGAGAGUAGGGAGGAGUAUAGAUACAGGAGUUUAAAGAACUGCCAAAUUGAAUUGAACCACUUGAGCCUUAUUUAUGAAUGGUGUUGGAUUUUACUGAGGCAGGUAAACGGAAACACUGUGGGAAUAGAUCAAACAAUUUGAUAUUGGUGAAUGAGCUGUUUGCCCUACUGAUAUCCCAUUUGGGGGUUAUAUGAAGUGGUUGGUAGAUCAUGUCCAUGGAACUGUGCUGUAUCCACUGAUGCACUCUGACUUCACACUGUUGUUUAGUUUAGAUGAGGAGAGGAGACAAAGGACCUGCUGGGUAGUGAUGGGAUGGCAGUGUGUCAUCCCAGGUCCAUCUUAACAGCAGGCUCUGCUUGUUCCUUGUAUUGACAUUUGGCUUUAGCAGUGAAAGACUGAGCUCCUCUCUCACAGUUUGGGCAUAUACUGUAUGCCUUUUCCUUAAUUCCACUCUUACUGUAAAUGCUCAUGUUUAAGAAACUGGCUUUGUUUCCUAUGUAUAAAGUGACCUCAGAGGACUGUGAGGAACUAAGAAAGAUCUAUUCCAUGAAUAUCCACCGAGUCUUGUUAGAAUUGGCAUCUUAUUUUUGGAAAUGUUGAGAUAAAGGAGGAGUGUUGAAGUCUGAAAACAAUUUGGUGUAAAAUGCACGAAUAUAUCCCACAUCUACCCCAUGCAACAGUUUAUAUGGCAAGUGUGCAUUUCUCUCCAGUUUCUGGGUCCCCUUCUGUGCAAUGGCAGCUGAAAGCCUUGAAUUAAGCUCAACUGAAAACAGCAAGGUUACCCACCUUGACUAAGGAUCAGGUGUCUCACUGUGUGAUAUACCAUCUAUUCUACAACAGUGUUGACACCAGACACCUCAACCAUUAUUAUUAUUAUUUAAAUUUGUAUACUGCCUUUCAUCCGUAGAUCUCAUGGCAGUUCACAGCUUAAAAAUACGAAAUAAAACCACAAAAGUAAAAAUGCAGUGAAUGGGGAAAUGCCAAGAGCUGAUGUCAACAGGAACUGACGGUAGGCACUUAUAGGUAAACCUCUAUAAAGGUACUUGCCUGUUGGCAUAGUUAUGACCACGGUAGCCUGCUGAGUGGGAAUUAAACCCUAGAGCUUGGGGCUUGAAAACAAACCAGCAUUGGAGAGGCAAAAGGUCAUGGCUGAUUUAUAGGCUAAGGGUGACCUCAAAGGAAGGCAGGUUUAAUCUUUAAGCAGAACAUUUUGGUGUAGCUAUGUGGCUGCAGGGCCUUUUUAAAGGUUGCUGCUACUGAAUGGCUGUUCUGCCAGAGGAAAUGUUUUUAUCUUUGAAUUCCUGAGAGUGUGGGGAGGCAAGAAGAACCAAUGAGGGAUUUUUGCCCACCCAUACUGGAACUUGCAAGGAUUUGGAAGAAAUGAAGAGUUUGAUGGAUUACUGCUGGGGCAAUGGAUAGACACCCUUGUAGGACAGAUUGCAGACAGCAUGCUGAGGUGAUAAAACCAGUAUGCAGAGAUCUGGAAGAGGGCAGCCGUGUCAGCCAGGAGCUCCGAUACACAAAGGAAAAGCUAGGAGAAGAGUCUCUGUACACACCCCAGAUGCUGAUACAAACUCCCAAACAGGAAGGCGAAAACAUCCUGACCCCAGAGGCCUUGGGAAUGCAUCUCGAAGCUGCUCUGGCUGCAAGCAAAGUGCAAGUCUUACUUUACGGAAAGUCUUGGGAUCUCAACAAAAUAUGCUACAAGUCAGGUGUCCCCAUAAUUGAGAAUGGAAUGAUUGCACGGAUGAUCGAGAAGCUCUUUCCUUGUGUUAUCGUGACCCCACUGGACUGCUUUUGGGAUGGUGCCAAGCUGCAAGGGGGUUCCGCUUACCUCCCGGGCCGGCGUGAUAUCCAGUGGACUAACUUAGACCCCAUUCAACUGAUGGAGGAGUUGGGUCAGUUUGCCUCGCUGGAAGGAUUCAAGGAGAUGCUGGAUAAGGCAGAGGUUGGCCAAGCCUAUAUGGAGCGGCCUUGUCUUGACCCCUUUGACCCUGAGUGUCCUACAAGUGCCCCCAACAGCCAAAGUCGGCAGGAACCAGACAUCCCCUCAGAGCUCACAGGUGGCUGUCAUGGCUUCUCACGAAAAUACAUGCACUGGGAAGAGGAACUGAUCCUAGGUGGCACUGUGAAGGAUUCCCAGGGCAAACUGCAGGGAGCCGAAGCCCUACAAAGCAUGUUCCUGUUGAUGAGCCCACGACAGCUCUUUGAGCACUACCGGGAUGACUAUGAGAUACAUGACAUCAGCUGGAGUGAGGAGAAGGCAGCUGCUGUGCUGGAGGCCUGGCAGCGGGAGUUUGUUGAGUUGGCCCAGGAAUCCCUCCCUGCGAAUUCCUCCCAGACUAUCCAUGCCUUCUCCACCACCACGCUCGAUGACAUCAUGAAAUCCUUCUCAGAUGUGAGCGCCAUCCGUGUGGCUGGCGGGUACCUGCUGAUGCUGGCGUAUGCCUGUGUCACCAUGCUGCGUUGGGACUGUUCCAAAUCACAGGGUGCUGUGGGCCUGGCUGGGGUUCUUCUGGUUGCGCUUUCUGUGGCAGCAGGACUUGGACUGUGUUCUCUGCUAGGAAUCUCAUUCAAUGCAGCCACGACCCAGGUGCUGCCCUUUCUGGCACUGGGCAUUGGUGUGGAUGACAUGUUUUUGCUGGCACAUGCCUUCACAGAGACCAGCCAGCACGUCCCUGUCAAGGAGCGGACUGGGGAAUGCCUACGCCGCAGUGGCACCAGUGUGGCACUCACUUCUGUCAAUAAUAUGAUUGCUUUCUUCAUGGCUGCUCUUGUGCCCAUCCCAGCACUGCGUGCCUUCUCUCUGCAGGCUGCUGUCGUGGUAGUGUUCAACUUUGCCAUGGUGCUUUUCAUUUUUCCUGCCAUCCUGAGUCUGGACCUUCACCGGCGUGAAAACAAGAGGCUCGAUAUUCUGUGCUGUUUCUACAGCCUCUGCUCCUCCCACGUCAUCCAGAUUCAGCCACAGGAAUACACAGAUGCAAAUGACAACUCCACGGCACCUGCUUUCCCACAUGGACAUCCAGCACUGACCACCAGCACACGCAUCACCACUACGGUUCAGGCCUUCACUCAGUGCGAUCCCUCCGGGCGGCAUGUGGUCACCAUUUUACCACCCACUCAGCAUGUCUACACCACCCCUUCCACUCUCCUGCCUGCCAACCCUUUGGGGUCGCAAGUCUUCACCCCUGCCAGCUCCACCCGUGAUCUUCUGGCACAGCUGGAUGAGAAGAAAAGUGCCCAGGAGUGUGUGCCGUUGCCCUUUUGUCAUUGGAACCUCUCCCGCUUUGCUCGUGACAAAUAUGCACCUAUCCUGCUGCAGAGCCAGACCAAGGGAAUUGUUGUAGUCCUGUUCCUGGCACUGCUGGGCCUGAGCCUCUACGGUACAACCAAGGUGCAGGAUGGACUCUACCUGACAGAUAUUUUACCGCGAGGCACAAAGGAGCACGCCUUCAUUUCAGCUCAGUUCAAAUACUUCUCCUUUUAUAACAUGUUUGUGGUUACAAAGGGUGGCUUUGACUACCCCAGCUCACAGGAGGCCCUCUACAGCCUGCACCAGGCCUUCAACGCCAUCCAGUAUGUUGUGCGUGAUGAGAACCGCCAGUUGCCGAAGAUGUGGCUGCACUACCUCCAGGACUGGCUGCGAGGUCUACAGGCAGCCUUUGACCGGGACUGGGAAGCUGGGCAUAUCACCAAGGAGAAUUAUCGCAAUGGAUCAGAAGAUGGUGCCCUGGCUUACAAGCUCCUCAUCCAGACAGGCAACAAGAAAGAACCCUUAAACCUCAAUCAACUGACAACUCGCCGCCUGGUGGAUGAGAAUGGGAUCAUUCCCCCUGACAUCUUCUACAUCUGUUUGACAGUGUGGGUGAGCAACGACCCUCUUGGCUUUGCUGCAUCUCAGGCCAACUUUUACCCACCACCCCCGGAAUGGAUCCAUGACAAGUACGAUGCCACUGGCGAGAACCUUCGAAUCCCUGCUGCACAGCCCCUGGAGUUUGCUCAGUUCCCCUUCUACCUCAAUGGAUUGCGGCAGACAUCAGACUUUGUGGCAGCCAUCGAGAGCGUGCGUGCUAUCUGUGACGAGGUGGCUCAGACGCAUGGUGUCCUCAGCUACCCUAGCGGCUACCCUUUCCUCUUCUGGGAGCAGUACAUUGGCCUUCGUCACUGGCUUCUACAGGCCAUCAGUAUUGUGUUGGCCUGCACUUUUCUAGUGUGCACCCUGCUACUCCUCAAUCCUUGGACCGCCAGUAUCAUUGUAUUUGUUCUAGCUAUGAUGACAGUCGAGCUCUUUGGGAUCAUGGGCCUGAUGGGCAUCAAGCUGAGUGCCAUCCCAGUAGUCAUCCUCAUCGCCUCUGUGGGAAUUGGUGUGGAAUUCACCGUACAUGUGGCUCUGGGCUUUCUCACGGCCAUUGGCAACCGGAACCUGCGCACUGCUGUGGCCCUAGAGCACAUGUUUGCCCCUGUGAUGGAUGGUGCUGUCUCCACGUUGCUUGGCGUUCUUAUGCUAGCUGGUUCAGAGUUCGAUUUCAUUCUGAGGUAUUUCUUUGCUGUGCUCACCAUCCUGACCAUUCUGGGACUACUCAAUGGCUUGGUGCUACUGCCUGUCCUGCUGUCUAUCAUUGGACCACCUGCAGAGGUCACACCAGCAGAUAACGGUAGCCGCCUGCCGACACCAUCCCCUGUCCCCCCACCCAUCAGCCACCACAGCUUCUAUGUACAGCGGCACGGUGGAGCCUUUGGUGACUCCUCAGACUCCGAGUACUAUUCAGAGAGCACAGGAGCAUCAGACACGGGUGAAGAUGACCGCAGCACCUACAUCAUCCCCCCAGCGCAAUCACACAUCUUGGUCAAGGCCAGCAAAAGCCCCAGCUUCCCCAAAAUCACUGUGGUGAAAAGCUACAAGACCAGCCUAGAAUCGCCUCUGUCGUUGUGCAGCCCAGACUGGACCCAAACUGUGACCCCUGGAGGACAUUUGCCAUCCACUGUCACAGAAGUCAAAGACGCUUCACAGCAGCCAGAGCAGCCAAACCACAAACAAAGGCCUCGGCUGGCACAGACUGCCCCCAAUCCCCCUCGGACCGACCCUACUGCCCACAGCACCAAAGUGCCGCCUCCUGCAUCUGGUGGCACCUUCACCACAGUUACAGCCACUGCCUCAGUGAUGCUGGCCUUGCACCCACCCCUGCCUGGCUCAUGCCGGGGCUACACACACGAGGGCUUUGAAUCUGAUGGACCUGAGGAGCCUCGUAAAGACGCACCCAACAGCUUGGAACUGCGGAACCUAGAGCAGAGGCACUAGCAUUUCACUUUUGCCAGGCCCAAGACGUUGGGUCUAGAACUCCUGCCUCAGGGAUGGGAUGUGCACAGUAUCCCUGGUGGGGUCAGGGGCUCAGAUUGUUCACACGUAUACAUACCACAGACUGUGAAGCAGGAUGGCUACCUGGAAGCUCUUGCACUGUGUUUCAACAACUGUAGACAUAGACGGUGCCUUUGAGAACUGGAGCAAGAAGGCCAGAUGAGCUACUGCCGUGAAAAGGUUGAUGGGAGAAUCUCUCAGCACCUGGUACUCCAGUCUCCCAUGCCUUGUUUCUCUAGGUGUUAUCUGCCACCAAAAACAUGCUGGGUUUCUUGGUUACCAGGACUUCUGGCUUCAAAACAUCCCUAGUUUGCAUCCUUACGUUGGACUGUGAUAGCCCAGAUAACAUUGCGCCCACUCACCUGCAGACAGGCAAAGUUCCAAUCCCAUCGAACCUGGAAAAUGAAAGUGACAAUUCCCCAUAUGCUGUGUGAACUAUCUCAUGGCUGUCAUCGGGGCAGGGCAACAGAAUUGCCCGAACACUGACCCUCCCAUGGAGAGAACAGGACUCAACUUAUGCGUGGGGAACUCCUCCCGCAUUGUGCUGCUAUUCUUUUAUUUUUAUUAAUAUUAAUAUUAUUAUUUUAAGCUGUAUAAAAGAGUCACGAACCCUCCCCCUUAUAAUUAUAAUAAUUAUUUUUUAUUAUUUUCACAGCUCCCUCAUUAAAAAAAAAAGUGGAAUAUCCCUUCAAGGGGAAACACCAGGGUGAGGUUGUAAUGGAGAGAGGACCCCCUGGGCGUGUGGAGUGGAGGGAGCAUGCAAUGGAGGGGCACAAUGUGUCUUCGCGCCUUCUAUGCAAGCUGUGUGGGAUGGGCUGCACUCUGCUCCUGCUUCCACCGGCAUGUCUGCCUAUGCCAGCAUUCGCCAUCUGGCUGUUCCAAAUCCUGUUAAAUUCCUCCCUGUCCUAUCCUACACUACAAAAACCUUCCUUUCUGCCCUAUUCUUUUUGCUUGCAUGCGUCUUUAUCAGUCCAAGGUAGCCCAUAACACAAGUGUCCCAUAAGUACUUCCUUUUAGAAUUUACAUUUUAAGCUUAAUCAUUUCCCAAGAAUAUGAAUGAGGAAUAAUUUGUGACUAACAGAAGAUGAGAAUCAUUCAGGGCAGGUUUUUGGGCCCUGCAGGACAUUUACCCCACACAGUUGGAGAUCAGAGCAGGGCUUUCUGGAAGAGCAGUUUAUAUGGGUUUAUGUUUUUUCUGCUUCCAUGUUUUAAGAGGUACUUCUCACAAGUGAGUUUGUAGUCUGAGACUGCUGCCUGAGUACAAAAAUGUAUGUGUACUGUGUUGGUUUACGAAGGAAGUGUUUCAAAUGGAAAUUUAAGCUUACUUUAAUAAGAAAGCUGGGCGAACUUGUGGUAAAUUCAGCCAUUCAUUGCCCUUGUUAAGGACAAUGCACCAUUUUGAGUUUUUCAACACAUGUUUUUCCUAUACUGAGAUUAUUAGCUUCCUGACCUGCAUAGUUUCAGCAUAAACAUUCGUGCUGCACCUUCACAACUGGUGGUGUACAGAUUCACAAAUAUUUCUGUGUAGGAAAAAAAAUCAUGUGCAAAAUUAUCCUUUGAUUCUCUCCCACCUAAGAACAUCCCUAUGUAGUAAUCAGAGCAGAAAAUGUUCAACGGGAGAGACGAGUUGGGCAAAACAUUCCAUUUCCUGCCCAAAAGUAUGAGUGCUGCGGUUGCUUUUUCUGUUUCUGAAUGAUCUAUUUCCGGUUCAGCUUCUUUGGCUGAAAAACAAGAAAUGAA